CUUUAAUGGACCCUGAAGAGAAUAAGGGCUUAUCCUCCAAUCCUCUUGGAAGAAUGGUUUUCCAAAAAGAGAAAUUCAUUGAUUUCUUCUUGAAAAGCGAAAAUUGAACCCUGGAGCAGAUCAAAGAGCAAUCAAGACAUGGAAAUCUUGCUGAAGAAUGUGGCAGCAGGCUGCAUUCUUGGCGAGUUUUACUCGGCUUAGUCCCCUUUAACACUAAUCCAGAGACUUGGAUCAAGAAAAUCCGCAAACAUAGGAAGAGAUUUUAUAAGAUUAGUGAUAGGUAUUCUAUUGAAAAUACUAAAAACAUGGACCCAAUGGCUUGUAAUCCUCUAAUGUCAAGCACUGGCAAUCUCUGGAACGAACUGAUGGACGACAAAGAUAUGAAGGAUACAAUUAUGAAAGAUGUUGUCAGGACUUACCAGGAGUACAAGUUCUUCCAGAGAAAAAAGGUCAGAGACCAGAUGGUCUCUACCCUCUACUUCUGGUCCAAGACAUACCCAAUGUAUUCCUACAGACAAGGUAUGAAUGAGAUCAUCGCAGUUAUCUAUUUUGUUUUUGCUGCCGAGAAGGUUCAAGAAGAUAUAGAUAUCGAUCAAUUAUCUGACUCUGAGAUCGCUUCUGAUCAUGAUAAUUUGAUAAAAUUUUUGUAUAACACCAAACACAUGAAUGCAGAUGUGUUCAUAAUUUUCGAGAGAGUGAUGAGCAUGGGCAUCAAGGAGCUCUAUGGAACUAUUGAUGACCUGACCACUAUCAAAGGCAAACUAGAUACUAUUGCUAAGGAAGACAAAGACAGAAUGUUCAAAUGGAAGUAUGAAGUUGAACAAGAAGAGAAAGAUAGAAGAGCUAAAAUAGAACAAAUGUAUGAUGAUGAGAGGAAGAAAAGCGCAGUUAUGAGACGAUGUAACAGAAUCUACCAUAAUUAUCUCAAAAGAGUUGAUACAGAGGUCUAUAAACACCUUAUUAGCAUCAAACUCGACCCUGAACUGCAGCUCAUGAGAUGGCUGCGAUGUAUACUUAGCAGAGAAUUUGAUAUAGAAAUUUCUCUAAGUCUGUGGGAUUACAUAUUUUCAGGAAUAAAUGACGAAUUUAGGAAAGAUCGGGAUUUUGGAGAUAUGUACUACACAGAAGACUAUUUCGCUUCAACAGAAGAUCCUUUGAUAAAUCUUGACUACCUCUGAUUAGCAAUGAUAGAGAAUAUUAGAGAUAAAAUUUAUAAACAAGAAAUGGAGGAUUGUUUAGAGGUCUUUUUCCACUAUCCUGAGGUAAAAGGAGCAUCAAGGCUCAUCUCGGUAGCAGGGAAGAUAGAAAAGGCUGUAAUAAAUGGCACUGAGGUAGAAAGUAGCUCUGUUAGAAUGACGCCUACCGAAUCAGAAGCGAGAGAGGAUCUUAAAGAACAAGAAAUUUAUAAGGAUGAGGUCAAGGAAGAGAAGACAACCAAGAAGUCGUUUUCCUCAGAGUCUGAUUUCAAAUGAAAGGAGCCUAAGGAGGAAACAAAAGAAGUAGUGAAGACAACGCCGACAAGUUUUUAUGACCCUCUGAGUAAUUUCAAUUCAAAAACUAAGUUUCCUUCAAAAGGAAUUCCUGCUGCAAAGCCUCAGAAAGAGGAGGAAGGGUUUGUCUCCAAACGUAUUGGUGAUAUGAAGACUCCUAAAAAUGAAAAAGAAGAUGAUUUGAAUCACCCUCUUGGAGGUAACUUAAUGAAUAAAAAUGCAUAUUCUCAAAAGAACCAUCAACAUAUUACAUAUGAGAAGGAAGAGAAUCAUGAUUCUAUGGUACACCAGCAUUCUUCAAGCCAAGAAGGCAUUACUGGCGAAAAAGUAAUAGGUACUCUCAUGGGUGGAAUAAACAUGAUAAAUCAGAAAAGGAGAGAAUAUGUAGAUCCUCUCGUCAAGAAAGGACUGAACAGUGUCCAGAAUCAGAUAAACCAAAGAAGCAAAAGAAGUGAUGAGGAACUUCAGCAUCAGAGAGUCCUGUAUGAAAAACUAAAGAAGGUCAAGGCCUUCUUGGAUAAACUCAAAGAAGGAGGGAGUCAUGAUGAGGGGGAUCAUCACCUUAUAAACCUUGAUGUCGAUGAAGAGAAUUUGAGCGAUGUCCAACUUGAAGUUGAUACAAUGAUUCAGAUGACCUACACACGACCAAAUUAUGAUUAAUAUAAUAUACUUCAUCCAAUAUA